AUGUUUACCACCAAAUGGCUACCAGCCGCCCGACUGAACAUCCAUCAAGUCCGGGGAUUCUCACUGAUUUCGACGCAUACCUCGUUCCCAGCGACCAUGUAUCGAUUCCAGCUCGAGCGCAAGGCGACAUUAUAUGAUGUGCGCCAGGAUGAGACCCGUCACAGGAAGGAUGCAGUCAGUGUGUCGGAUGAUGGUCUGGUGCAUGCGACGAUUUCAAAAUCAAGUCCUUACUCCAAUGGCCCAAUCUUUAUGCCAAACACUCGCCUCAUGCAACAAAUGCUUCGAUUUGAUUUUGAGCGAUACCAAGAAGAGAUCGGUGAUGGGAAGUCCCUUAUGGAUCCCAGUGUUAUCUGCAUUCAGCGAGGCACUCGGAUUCCCCCGGCGCUGGUGUUGUGGAGGGAAGGAGUUUCUCGCUUUUCCCUGCAGCCUUCGCAACCUAUGGAAGUUGAAAAACUGAACGAUGUGCUCAGCGAAUUUUAUGAGCAAUCUGCGACUGUUGUCGGCGCAGAGGAAUGGAUUGAGAAACAUCCCUACCAGGACAGCUUUGCUGAUCAAAAUGAGAAGGAAUGGAUGGAGGUCUAG